UUAAGUAAGGAUAUAUGCGUAAAAUUUUCAAUAAAUUAUGGGUCAAAUCCAGCCUCACCGUCGUCUUCUCCAUCGAUCAGUCAGCCGGCGGUGAAAAAGGAAAGAAAGAAAAAGAAAAUGGGCAGAACGGCGGCAUCUCUUCCGGUCACUCUCUUCUUCUUCUUCCUUCUUCUAACCUCCUUACCGCCGUCCUUCUCCUUCUCCUUCUCCCAAUUCAAAACCCUAUUUUCCCUCGCACAUUCCCUCAUGUCUCGCGUCGCCAAUUUACGCGCCUCCCGCGGCGACUUCGCCGGCUCACAACGGGCCAGGCACAUUGCCCAAAAGCUUGAACCAGGGCUCGGAUUUAGCUUCUGGGGCUCCAUGUGGUCGCUCGCCUGGGACUACACCAAGAACUACGCUUGGAGAGACCUCCCCUUUUCGGAACUUUACGACGCCGUUCCCGACAUGAACCAAUUGCUUAGGGCCUUCAAUGAGUUGACUCGGUUGGAAUCAGACUCGGCUAGGGCGAGUUGGGUGGCGCGGAAUUACCAAUCUCUUCUCGGGGUCUCCAAUUCGCUGUUGCAGAGGCUUCUUAAAGUGUUUCGAAAAGCGGGGGCUUGGAAGGAAGUGGUGGAGACAGUUCAAAAGGAAGUGGUGGACGGUGGAUUGCUGAAGGACUGCUUGGAACUGGGAAGUGGUGAUUUGAAAGGCAUGAUUCAGAUUCUCAAGGAUUUGGCUUUGAAUUUCUAUUCCUCCACUUCUGGCCGGCCUAAUGAACUGUAAGAAUCAGAGACCCUUUUUUCCUCUCCAUUCUUAGUUUUGAACAGCAUGGCUCAAUUGAAAUCUCCCCCUUGAGUUCCUCUUUGCUUACUUUGAGAUUUGAACAUCAAAUGCAGCUACUGAUAUGUAGAGCUUUUCUCAAUUAGCUAGAUAACUUAUAGAGCUUUUCAUUUAUGCAGUCACUGUAAGCAUCGUGUUAAAGAAACGGUGUCAUAAUCUAUUCAAUAUAUAUAUAUAACUUACUUUUCAAUUGCA